AUGCAUUUGUCUGGUUACCAUGGUCACCUCAAGGCGAACGAACUCAUCCUUAUGCCGUUCCCUACCGACCCGGAGCAUAACAUAUCAGUGCUCUUUCACUACCAAAAACGGAAGUCCGACUCCAGUACUAGUGGUGAGAAAUGGAAAAACGGCUCAUCUCAAGCGCCGACAGCACCGCAAGCGACCGGCGCUCAAACGGCCGGCCCCGUCAUAAAGCAGGAGCUGCCCUCCCAUCACCACCAGUCCCACUAUCAGCCACCACAGCAGGCGCCACCACACCAUCACCAGCCCUCCCAUAACCACCACAUCUACCAUUCGCUCGAAUCUCCGACCACUACCACGACGAGCAACGGCUCGGCCAUCGCCACCUCCACUUCCCCGCCAACUUCCAGCACAACCACAUCGCAGCAACACCUGCACACAUCGCACCCGCACCUGUCGGCUACGCUCACGAACGGCGCUCAACAGCAACAGGCGGUCACCAAUGGCCAGGCAGUGGUGGCCACCGCACAGGGAGGUCAGACCAGAAUCAAAUUGGAGAAUGGUAUGGGCGCCGCCAGUUUCUAUAGUAACCAUUACUCCGGUCCAGAUCACAAAGAUAUACCUGUCGUAAGCGCCGGUAUGGGUAUGGCGGAGGACCUGUCGUAUCACACGAACGGACUCACGAAUGGUGGGGUCGUUAAGAGGAAAAAGGGUCGCAAACCCAAGAAUUUGGAGAAUAUAAACGGAAACACAAAUCAUUGCUCGACCGCUACUAAAAGGAAAAGUAGAGAAGGUUCGACGACAUAUUUGUGGGAAUUUUUGUUGAAAUUACUUCAGGAUAAGGAGUAUUGUCCGCGUUUUAUUAAGUGGACAAAUAGGGAAAAGGCCGUCUCACGUUUAUGGGGUUUACAUAAAAACAAGCCUGAUAUGAAUUACGAAACUAUGGGUAGAGCACUCAGGGUCGGUAUGUUUAUCGCCGACACCCCUCGGGGCGCUCCGGUAUCCGAGUUACUGGACUUUUAA